AUGUGUCAUGAGCAUUUACUUUCCGUCAGGUCUGCGGUGAUCUGCUGUGUCAUCUUAUCGGAGUCAGCACUCUGUGAUAACUGGGCCCAUGCUCAUGCAGAGGAUAAGCUUUUCAAAAAGCUCUUCAUCGGCUACAACAGAUGGUCCAGGCCAGUUGCUAACAUCUCUGAUGUGGUCAUUGUAAAGUUUGGCCUCUCCAUUGCUCAGCUGAUCGAUGUGGAUGAGAAGAACCAGAUGAUGACCACAAAUGUUUGGCUGAAACAGGAGUGGAAUGACUACAAGCUCCGAUGGAACCCCGCUGACUACGACAAUGUGACGUCUAUAAGGGUGCCCUCGGAACUGAUCUGGGUGCCUGACAUAGUUCUGUAUAACAAUGCGGAUGGCGAGUUUGCUGUGACUCACAUGACCAAGGCUCACCUCUUCCACACGGGCAUGGUGCGCUGGGUACCCCCAGCCAUCUACAAGAGCUCCUGCAGCAUUGACGUCACCUUCUUCCCCUUCGACCAGCAGAACUGCAAGAUGAAGUUUGGCUCGUGGACCUACGAUAAGGCCAAGAUCGACUUGGAGCGCAUCGAGAACACGGUGGACCUCAAGGACUACUGGGAGAGCGGCGAGUGGGCUAUCGUCAACGCUGUGGGCACCUACAACACCAAGAAGUACGACUGCUGCCACGAGAUCUACCCGGACAUCACCUACUUCUUCAUCAUCCGCCGGCUGCCCCUCUUCUACACCAUCAACCUCAUCAUCCCCUGCCUGCUCAUCUCCUGCCUGACCGUGCUGGUCUUCUACCUGCCCUCCGACUGCGGGGAGAAGAUCACGCUCUGCAUCUCAGUGCUGCUCUCCCUCACCGUCUUCCUCCUCCUCAUCACAGAGAUCAUCCCAUCCACCUCGCUGGUCAUCCCGCUCAUCGGCGAGUACCUGCUCUUCACCAUGAUCUUCGUCACGCUCUCCAUCGUGGUCACAGUGUUCGUGCUGAACGUGCACCACCGCUCGCCGGGCACGCACGAGAUGCCGCGCUGGGUGCACGCCGUCUUCCUGCACGCCAUUCCGCGCUGGCUGUUCAUGAAGCGGCCCGCCCCCGACAGAAAGCGCCGCCGCCCGCCCCAAUCGGCGUCGCCCCCCGGGAAAGGCCGCGCCUCCCGUCUCAGCACCUCCCAGAGCUGGCUCCGAGAGACGGACGUGGACCGUCACUCCCAAGACAUGGAGCGGGGUCUGCCAUCGUCUUUUUCCUUCCCCUCCACCCCCCUGCCCCAGCAUCACCAGUUUGUGGGUGUGGCCGGGCAGUUAGGGGGCUGGAUUGACCCCGCCCAGCACCCCGCCUUCGAGAUCGGCAGCCUGGCAGACUCCACCCACUCGCUCUCCCCCAGCGUCCUGCGUGCUCUGGAGGGAGUGCAAUACAUCGCCAACCACCUGAGGGCGGAAGACGCAGACUUUUCUGUAAAGGAGGACUGGAAAUACGUUGCCAUGGUGAUUGACCGCAUCUUCCUGUGGAUGUUCAUCCUUGUGUGCCUGCUGGGCACUACUGGGCUCUUCCUACCCCCCUGGCUGGCAGGCAUGAUCUAG